CAGGAACGAUUUUCUAAGCAUCUUUAAUCCCAACGAAAAAGUAUAUUUAUCUGUUCCAAGCACAGCCUCGCAUCUUACGACUUUAAACAAACUCUUUAUAGGAAACAUUAACAAAGCGUUUAGAUCCAACAAAAGGGUUUCACAAACUUCUUUGUUUAGGGUAAGAAACAAAAAUCUUACAUUCUGUGCUGACUAACAACACAAGCCGUGAAGAAAAAGUCAUUGUACAAAAUCUUGAAGCGAAGACAACACCGAAAACUUCAAUGAUGAAGAUUCAACUAUUUCUAGGCUUGACUUUUAUUGCUCUUGCUUUAGGAGGUAAGCUAUAUUUGAUUAAAAGUUUCAUGCUUAAUGUUUUGGUAUUUGCUAUCAAUGUUUCUGAAAAACAUUCACCGCUUGGUACUCAAAAUAUCUUCCCGAAGAAUGUCUUCAUUCGCAACGUAUUACUCAGUUCGGGCAAGAUACUGUGCCUACAACGGCCAAGUUUAAGAUAUCAUUAUUGUCUCUUUUCUUGAUUAGGAAACGAGGAAACGAGCAACGUGAAAGGACUCAUCGUUGAGAAUGAACAAGAUGAGACAUCUUCAAUGCUUGAACUGAAACACGAUGGAGAAGGGAAGGAUCCUGGAUGUAAGAAACAUGACAUUUCAAAAUUUAAACUGGUGUGACAUAAGACAGGAUUUUUUGACUUUCACUUAACAUAACCACUUCAAUUGUUUUCUAUUCUUUUUAUUUUUAGAUUGUCAAUGGGGUGUUGGUGUGACUCACAAGCCUGGCUACAUUGUUAGAUGUAGUUGCAUGAAAUGGUAAGUACUAAAUUAAUUCUUUGUCGUGCAAGGAGAAAUAUGUUUUACUCUUUUCACAUAUAGUUCACAUGUAUAGGUUAUUGUAGAAUAAUACUACCUACACUGGACCACCACGUUUGAAAUAUCUUUUUCAUGUAGUUCAGAUACAAACCACGACAGCUUAUUGUAGAAUACUACCUACACUGGACCACCACGUUUGAGAUAUCAUUUCACGUAUUAUUUUACUUUUCUUUCAAAACCAGCACAUGCUUGAAAAUCGGCAAAUGGGACUGUGUGUAUUACUUUCCUUACUGUCCAUUCUAUUGUGAGUAUCUAGUGAAUAUGCACCGAUUGAUUUUUUGUGAUUUUUGACUUGUCUAUUUUGGGGUUCCAGUAAGCGUUACAAGACAACAGAUGGUGUUCAAUUUCAGAAAUUUUGAAAUUUACAAGAGCAAGAAAAGAGAAUGAAAAUAAUUAUUUUCUCGCUCUGAUAACUACAUGUUGACCACCAUCUGCUGCACGAUAAUGUUUAGUGAAACCCCAGCUAUCUAUGGUGAUCAUUAACGAUUGUUUUGUUUUGUGAUAGAUUGUGGUAACCAGGUGUACGACCCUCUGAAACAAGUGUGCUGUUGUGGCAAGCGUUACAACAAACAGCAUCAUCAUAACUGUUGCGGGUAUCAGUAUUACGACACAAAAAUUUCAAAAUGUUGCAACUAUUUCUCUGUGAAGGCGAAGAAAGAUCAAUGCCCAAGGGAUAAAAUUUAAACUCAUAAACAUUUCAAGAAAAAUAUACUGUGUAGAACUAUUUAAUAGAGUAAGAAUGUGAAAAAUGUGAAGAAUAAAUAAAAUAUUUUUUGUAUGUAAUUGGCUCUGAAAACACUAUAUUGCAGAAAUAUUGUUAUGCAGACUUUAAUGAAAGAUCUUUUAAAACAUGGCUAGUAAGUGAUAAAAAAUUGGGAAGUUCUUUUGUAGUUCGUAACACGGUCUGUUAAACAAUAUGCAGGCGCUUGCGGGUCGGAACAAUAGGACGCAAAGGCCGAUGGGAAUGAUGUGAACAAAAUGCAUUGCCAUCAUCACAGAGUAGAGACAUACAGAGACGUAACUAGUGUACCCAUUUUUUUUGUGCGCAUGCUCGGCAAGUUACUAGAUGCAUGCAUCUGAUUGGAUGACGACCUGAUGACGACUCACUUUAAACUUGCUGAGCACGCGCAGUUGAUCAUUUUUCGCCCGGUCGCCUGAAAAAAAAGUGGGUACAUGAUAACGUAAUCUUCCGCAGUGUUUACAACGGUCAGUUACGUCUCUGUAUGUCUUAUCUACUCUGUGCCAUCAUUGAACGGGAGAUGAGCGACAUACAUAACAACAGUUUGACGUUUUGAAACGAUUGCUACACAGCGUUGCUGAUCAUGCAACUUUACUUGACAAAACUUUGGUAAUAUUUAGACUUUAGUGUAUUUUGUACAAAGGAAUUCCCGGUCCCCAUAUAACUGUAUACUUUUCGCAGUCAAAACUUACCAGAAGGUCGAGUAUAUUUUGUACAUAUACGUAUGAUGACGUCACAUACGAAAAAUUGGAAAGUUUGAAUUUCUAACGGAAUUUCGUUUGGCCAUUGAUGCCUGUAAACUUAACGCCAACACCU